AUGGCUUUGAGUAUAGCUUCUCGAGCUGUAGUGGUCGCGUUCGCGGCUGUCAGUGCUCUCGCGCUGCACCAGAGUGCCCCCCGCGCAGUGUCGCCAGUCAUUCUGCAUCCUAACGCAAUGACGCUAUGGUUCCUAGGCUCGGUGAACACUGUGCAGUGGGCGACGGAUGGCCUUGAACUAACGGACGUGAACGGGACUGUUCUCAUGGGCUACGUGCAGACCAACGGAAGCGUUUUUCUUUGGAAAGAUCAGCCUCUCGCAGUAAAUGUGCCGCUGGAAGACGGCGUAGUGAAUGUGCGUUGCCCGUUCAAUCUUCCUGUAGUGGCUAGGCGAUACGUCCUCGCUUUACUGGGCGAGGAGGACAACGUGAGCCCGGCCUUUAAUGUCGAAGACGCCGCCGGCAACAUGUUCCCCACCGCCGCCUUCACUCCCCCUUUGACGCUCGUCACCUCAGGCAACGUCCCGUCAGCAACGAUUUCGAUAACCAGCGUUAUUGGGGAAAUACCACCUCAGGCGACAACAAUGUCGCUAACCCCGUCGAUUGGCUCGCCUUCGUCGGUCAUGUCUAUCAGUGCGGAACUGGUACCAACGGCCAGUACUGCUUCAAAUAACGGGGCAAGGGAAGUGAGGAUUAACGGGGCCGCUGGCGUGACGAGACUAGUUGCAGCUGGAGCGUUGCUCUUCAUGCGCGGAAUAUUCAUAUAG